UUCCCAUCGCUCUCCGUGAUUGUGCAGCCCGCUCCCUUUCCUUUUCCCCUCCGUUUCCGAAACUCCUCUUUUCUGCGAAGAUGCCGGGGCUCCCUUCUUCCGUGGACCUCGACGAGUGCAUCUCGCGCCUCUACAAAAAGGAACUCCUCGCCGAGUCGGUCAUCGAAGCGAUAUGCGCCAAGACCAAGGAGCUCUUGAUGCGCGAGAGCAAUGUGGUCCACGUGCGCGCCCCUGUCACCGUUGUUGGCGACAUCCACGGCCAGUUCUACGACCUGAUUGAGAUAUUCAAGAUUGGCGGCUGGUGUCCAGACACGAACUAUCUAUUCCUCGGCGACUACGUCGACCGGGGCAUGUUCAGCGUCGAGACGAUUUCCCUUCUUGUGUGUUUGAAAUUGAGAUACCCCAACCGCGUCCAUUUGAUCCGAGGGAACCACGAGUCGCGGGGCGUGACGCAGUCUUACGGCUUCUACACGGAAUGCUCGCGCAAGUACGGCAACGCCAACGUCUGGCACUACUUCACCGACAUGUUCGACUUUUUGACGCUCAGCGUGGUCAUCAACGACCAGAUCUUUUGCGUCCACGGGGGCCUCUCCCCCUCCAUCCACUCGAUCGACCAGAUCAAAAUCAUCGACCGCUUCCGGGAGAUCCCGCACGAGGGGCCGAUGGCGGACCUGGUGUGGUCGGACCCGGACCCGGAGCGGGACGAGUUCUCGCUCUCGCCGCGCGGGGCCGGCUACACCUUCGGCGCGCAGGUGGUCAAGAAGUUCCUCGCCGUCAACGGCAUGAGCCACAUCCUGCGGGCCCACCAGCUCUGCCAGGAGGGCUACCAGGUGCUGUACGACGACCGGCUGAGCACCGUGUGGAGCGCCCCCAACUACUGCUACCGCUGCGGCAACAUGGCCAGCGUGCUCGAGGUCAGCGACACGGGCGAGCGCUUCUUCAACGUCUUCGCCGCCGCGCCGGAGAAUGACCAGGUCAAGGACGGUCAGAUGGGCGGAGGCGGGCCCGGCGAGAAGGGGGCCGAUGGUGGAGCGUUGCCGGAUUACUUCUUAUAGGGGCAGCGGCAGAAGAAGGGUGUCGGCCGGGAGGUGUGGAUGAGUCGCGGAGGACGGUCGCAGUGUGCUGGGCCUCCCAGCUAGAUUGCGUGCUCCCUGUGUGUGUGGUGAUCAAUGUAUACCGCUGGAGCCGGGCAGCCGGUUCAAACACGGACGGACGUCUCCGUGUCUGCGCUGUCCCAGCGAGGGCUACUCUAGAUGCAGAUACCAAUUUGGCUUUUGCCAUCUUUGCAAUCAAGUUCUCAAGGCCCGGUUAGAAAUUCCCUUUU